AUGAAGAAGUUUGGCUUUGGCAAGAAGAGCGGCGACGACGGCGACGACGCUAGCCGCAAUGCUCUCUUUGGAAGUCGCAAGAAGGGGUCAACUGGGGCUGCUCAGUCCGAGAAUCCGUACGCUCAGCAAGACCCUCAAGGCACAGCCGACCCAUAUGCCGAUUCUGCAAAGUAUGCGAACGUGACGCCCUACCAACAAGCCCGCUCUCAGCUUGGAGGAGGUGGUGCACCAGGUGGUACUCCUGGUGCUGGACAACAGGAUGCCCCGGACCGUGCUGGCGGUUAUGGCGGAUACAGCUCCGAAAAAUACGGAUCUGGAGGUGGCUAUGGCUCAAACAGAUACGAGAGCAGUGCUGGAGCAGACCGAUAUGGAGCAUCCACCGCCGGUGCUAGAGGCCCUGGUGGCUAUGGUGGCUUCGGACGGAACGAUAAGGACGAGCAAGACAGCAACAGAGACGCCCUUCUUGGUGGUGCGCAGGAGAGAUAUGCUCAGAGACAGCAAACAGGUGCGACCAGCGGCAGUUAUGGCCAAGGCGGCGCAACCACUACUUCGCAGGAUAGCUACGGCGGAUAUGGUGACCAGCGAGAAUUGACAGCAGAAGAACAAGACGAAGCCGAAACGCAAGCGAUUCUUGCUGAAAAACGCCAAGUGCAACAGGAAAGUUCCGCAUCAGUCUCGCGCUCAGUACAGAUGGCAAGGCAAGCGAACGAAGUCGGCCGCGCCACGCUCGCGCGCCUUGGAGCACAGGGUGAACGAUUGCACAACACCGAGAAGAACCUGGACCUUGCUGCCAACCAGAACAAAAUUGCGCAAGAUAGAGCAGCGGAGCUGAAAACGCUCAACAGGAGCAUGUUUGCUGUCCAUGUCUCCAACCCCUUUACAUCGAAGCAGCGCCAGCAAAAGGCGGAUGAGGAAGUAAUGAACCGUCACCGAGCCGAGCGCGAUCAGAGAGAGGCAACUCGCCGCGAGGGUUUCUCUGCUAACCAGCGCAUGGAGUCGAAUUUUCGUGACUUCAACACCGCCGGUGCUGGCGGACCUUGGCAGCGUACCAAAAAGGAUUAUGGUAAAUUCAACCUGGAAGAUGAAGAAGGCGCCGAUGAGCUUGAGGAUCAGAUUGAUGAUGGUAUCAAUGAGCUCGAAGGUCAGGUUUCCAUGAUGAACAUGGUUGGUCGUGCCAUCGGAAAGGAGGUUGAUUCACAGAACAAACAAAUUGACAGAAUCAUGUCAAAGAGCGAUGCUGUGGAUGAUGCCACUCGCAUGAACCGCGAGAGAUUGGCCCGCAUCAAAUAA